AUGGCGGACAAUGAGAGUAGCAAGUGCGAUGAUGAAUGCGAAGUUCAGCAUUGGAUACGUUCCGACCAAAGCAAAAUUCAUAAUACAACAGAAGAAACUGUUAAAUCUACCCCAAGUGAUCAUCAGGAAAGAAGCAGUAGUCCAUUAGAAGGAACGAAAAGAAAUCGAUGUCGAUUUUCGAUCUCGGAUAUAUUGAGCGACAAGCAUUCAACAAAUCGUACCAACACGAGAGUAGCCCCGAAAGCCGAUAUCACAACUCUUACUACAGAAAAGGAAAUUGUCUCCAUUUCUCUUCCUGCAGUAACGAACAUUAAUGAUGAAGCAUCACCAUACAUCAAUUCUCAGUUACCACGAUAUCUUCAUGCCGGUGUCUUACAACAGUCAGCACAUAAUUCAUGGCUUCAACCUUGGUUGUCAACAAUUCGCUCCUCAAUUGCUCAAGAACAGAAUUUGGUCCAUAGUAAUGAUAAAAGACAAGUAGAAAGAGUUCAUGGAAUAAUAUCUAGUUCCGCGAAGAAUCUCUUCCAGUUAGUAUCCGCUUAUUCACAGCGAAACAAAGAUAUGCAGUAUGAAACAGUUCAGGUAAUUCCAGAUGGCAUCAGUGUUAGGAAAAAUUUACUAGAAACUCACCUGCAAUCGAAAGUGAUUGAUAAUUCGAAAACAGUGACCGAUCCAGUGAGCGAAGUGGGCAGUGAUUGUGAUGAUGAUAAUGUUGAUGAUGAUGAUGACGAUGGUGAUGAUGAUGAUGAUAAUGAUGAUGAUGAUGAUGAUGAUGGUGCUGGUAAUGGUGAUGAUAAUGACGGCGAUACUGCAAUACGUGCAAGUGACGAUGAAAGUACCGUUUUAUUAUCUGGAUCUACCAUUCCACGUAAGAAAAAAACUCGAACAGUUUUCAGUCGUCAGCAGGUAUCCCGGCUGGAAAUGACCUUUGACAUGAAACGAUAUUUGUCCAGCCAAGAACGUGCAUAUUUGGCCUCAACUCUACAUCUUAGCGAAACGCAGGUGAAAAUCUGGUUUCAAAAUAGACGAAAUAAGUGGAAACGUCAAGCAGCAAGUGAAGUCGACAGUUCCAGCGCGAUGAAUAUUCAUCGAUCACACAUUUUUGCUUCAAAUAUGCAUCACAUAAGUGAUGCAUCAGAACGUUUUUCUGGAAAUCUUGCAGUUGCAAAUAGCAUACCCAUAACACCCUUGGCAAACAUCGCUCCGUCGCUAAUACAUCCUGCAAUCCUAUUUCAUUCAAAUUCUACCGCAACAUCAGUAUCCACGACAUCCGCACCACCACAAGCAAUUAUCAAUUUCAGCAGUGCAGAAAAUGUAGCAGCUGCAGCGAAACUAUUUUAUGGCACUUAUGGCAGUAGUGGCACCGGCAUUACGGGUCACAAUGCACUGACGUAA